AUGAAGAGCAAAGGAGGUCAUCAUGGUCAAAACAGAUUCAUUAGAAUUCUUGCAUUACCAUGGAAGGCAUUAAUAAAAGCUAGAGAUUGUUACGUAGGUACAAUGACAAAUUAUGCAGCUGUAAAUCGUUAUAGUUUGCCUAAGAGUUACAGUGUGACAUCGACAAGGUCUGAUAAUAGUGAAGAUUUUAGAGAACUUGUCAGAGCAGCGUCCGCAAGGAGCAUGGGAGAGAAUUUUGAGCUGAAUUUAUUGAUUCAACAACAGAUUCGACAGCAGUUGCAACAACAGAUGCCAUCAAGAAGAGUGCCAAGAAGUGUUAGUGUUGGCAUGGGGAGAAUUGAUGAAGAUAAGCCUUAUGUAUUAGGAGAUCAAGGUGUUGAUGUUUCGAUUAUGUCAAUGAAGAAUGAUUUGAAGUAUCCUAGGAGUAGGAGUCAUACUGUUUCAAAGACUAGCAAUGUUCAUGUCUUUUGA